UUAGUAAAUAAGUACCUCAUUAUAGGUGGUAUAAAUUACGGGACGAUUUUUUAUUAUUCUAUGAGAAAAUUUAUAGUAUACUUGCAAUUCGAUUAUCUUAAUGUACCUGCAAAUGGAAUGGCUACAUUAAUGGUGUCUGUAUAUUUGCAAGCAGCCAGAUGUAUGGAGAGAAAUGCUCUAGAUACACUGCAUGUAAAUGAAUGACACCAUUAAUGCAACUGUCUCUCUCUGUACUACAGAGAUUGAUAUGAGAAUGAGAUAAUACUAUACUUCAUAUGUCACAUACAUAUAGUGUGACGAGAAUUAAUUUUUAUAUUUCUGAAAUUACAUUUGUGAUUUGUGUAGUGUGGGUAAUUAAAUGAAAAAUUCGUAUGUAUAGUGUCGGAAAGCGAUAUUUCUCUGCUAGCAUUUCUGAGAAUGGAUGGUGUACAGCCAUAUAAUGCGGCUACAGCCAUAUAAAUGUACAAAAAGUUGAAAUACGAUAAUAUAUAUGACAAAUAUAUAUCUAGUUCGUUAAAUUUUCUUGUGAGCAGUUGUAUAUCGUCAACCAUAAAAAGUUGAGCGAGCAAAAGUGAAAAUGGCUGAGAUAACAAGUGUCGAUGUGUGUCAAGAAACAUCAAUGGGGGUUUUCUACAAAAAAAAAAGAAUGUGCCGACAAUAAUCGUCCGUUGUGGAAGACACAACCGUUUUUGUUCAAAAUAUCAUUUUUCACAAGUGUGUCUGUGCAGUGUUAUCGCGUAUAUACCACCGCGGUGUAAUAAUUGUAUCGUCAAAAUGCGGGACAGUGUGUGCGUGGGUGUAAUUCGCAUACCGAGUUUCUAGUUAACGAGGAUGAGAUGAAAAGCAGCGUUUACGAUGGCGCUGAAUUUACGACACAGGGGAAUAGUAAGAGAGUGGAUCCGUAUCACCCUUUGGCCUACAAAAUACUGCGCCUGGGGUGAGCUAACUUCAUUGAGAGAAUCCGAAAACAAGUACAGACAACAAUAUGUAGAAGCAACACACAGGGAGAAGAUCUUAGUAAGGAGGCUUGCCUCCAAAGAGCAGGAAUUGCAAGAAUACAUUAAUCAAAUAACUGAAAUGAAAGCCACCCACGCUCCGUCCGCAGCUGCACUAAGAUCUACCCUAUUAGAUCCAGCUGUUAAUAUAUUAAUACAGAAAUUAAGGCAAGAGUUGAUAACGACCAAGGGGAAGCUAGAAGAUACGCAGAAUGAACUCAGUGCAUGGAAAUUCACCCCGGACAGCAAUACUGGUAAGAGAUUAAUGGCGAAAUGCAGACUAUUGUACCAGGAAAACGAAGAACUUGGUCGUAUGAUCGCCAGUGGACGUAUUGCUAAGUUGGAAGGUGAACUUGCCCUACAGAAGAGUUUUAGCGAGGAAGUAAAGAAGUCCCAAUCAGAAUUAGAUGAGUUUCUACAAGAUUUAGACGAAGACGUGGAGGGUAUGCAGAGCACCAUUUAUUUCUUACAACAAGAACUGCGUAAAGCUCGAGAGUCUGUCACGCUGCUGCAGCAGGAGAAUGCAGCAUUGAAGACAAAUAUAAACGAGAAUAACUUGUCGAAUGGUUUGUCGCCCCAUACUCCGCCGAUCAAGAAAGAGGAACCGGAAGAAGUCGCUAUGCCAGAUACAAAACCUCCGAAACCGACCGAGGACAGUGAUAUGUGCAAAGGUGUAAGGACUCCACCGUUAACGUUGCAACGGUCACCUCAGAGUGAGCUCACGAGUGUCGAAAGAACAGAACGUGCGGAGAGAAAACUCAACCAAGCCGAUCACAAUGAUGAAAGUUCUAGCGAUUCGGCGGCAUUAAUUAUUAAGGUCGAGAAUGAAGAACUUAGUGAUAGAGAGGAGGAACACGAGGAGAACCGUAAUAAAAGAAUGUUAAGGAGUAAGAAUCACAAUAAAAAUAGUGGUAAAUCUAACGGGGAAGAGGUUCUAACACGAACGACGCGGGGAAGGGACAGGACAAAGAGGGAAAAGAGUGCUCCCAGUAGUGAUGAUGAAAGGACGCACAAGAAGAAGCGAAGGGAAAGUAUUCUUUCCCUCGAUUAUAAUGAAGCCGAUGACGAUGCGUUAGUUUUAACUAAUGGCGAGACUCUACAGAGUGAUCCGGAAUGAAUGAUACUUUAGGUUGAUUUUAUAUAACAUUUAUCAUGUAUAUUGUUGAGACAACCGAUACAAUUUGACGUGGUUCUCCGAUAAUUGUGUACAAAAUUUUUCAUCUGAAACAAAUGCCGUUUUGGAUCUUUGAAAAAUCGUUUGAAUAAAUGGAUAAUUGAAGUAAUUAGUCACAAAGAGACAUAAUUUCCGUACUUGUACAGGUGAUGAAUUUGAAAAGCAAAUAUCGGCAUUGUGGUCUCAAAAAUGAACUUGUAAAUACUUGUAUCAUUAGAAUGUUCAUGAAUCACAUUUAUAUCAAGUUAUUUACAUAUGACUAAGUUACAGAUUAUAUUACAGAGGUAAACCAAACCAAUCUUGGCACACUUUUCGUUGCCUUAUAAUUUAUAAAAAUCAAGUGCUUUAAAAAAAGCGGAAUAAACACAAAUAACCCUCAUAUUUUGUAAACUUACUGUAUUGUUAUUCUGUGUAAAUCAGUAAGUCUUCAUUAAUAGCAAAGAAAGAAUGGUUCUCUGAAUCAUUAUCGUUAAUAGUAAAGAAAUAUUGUUAAUUAAUAAAAAAUGCCUUUUUUGACCACGUUAUGUAAAUAAAUAAAUAAAUCUUAAUACUUU